CAUUUCUUGCAGUGCCAUAAACAUCGUAACCUUUUUUCUUUUUUUUUCUUACGUCAAAACGCAUCGAUCGCAUCAGAGGAAAACACCUCGAAUACGAAUAACCCCAAAACACUGCCCCAUACAAUUAAACUCAAAUAAAUCACAAUAGCCAAAUCGCUGCCAAAUCCACAAAUCUCUCACUUAAAACACACACAAACCAUGGGAUCAACGGGAUCCCAAGCGACGGCUUCGAUGUUCCGUCAGCGACAGACGAUGUCGCUGCUCUGGCGCCUCUUCGCCGUUGUCCUCGUACUGAACGCCUGCCAUGCGCAGCUCCUCAAUGCCAAGAAAAGCUCAAAUCUCGAUGACAAUGACAACAUGUUCUUCGAUCUGGAGGAUCAGACGGCCUUCGCGGACUCCGACAGCCUGGAAGCAUUUGCGCCCCUGAUUGACGAUUCCGUUGCCGAGGGCAACUGGUUCAACAAGGGUGUGCGGCGAGUGCGUCGCGAACUAACCCGAUUCUUUGGCAAUGGCAAGGGCAAGGGAAUCGAUGCUCCCAGGCAUAAGCGCGCCAAGAAACAGAACCAGAAGAAGCAGGUGGGCAAGCGACAGAAUGGUGCGUUGCUCCAUAAGCGCGCCUCUGACGAUUACGAGAGCGAUGUUGGCUCCGGCAAUGAUGGCAUGGAGACUUUAAUCUACCGCACACAAUUCACCGUCAAUGAGCCCUAUCAGAUGCAGUUCGACAACAAGCUAAGCGAACAGUUUGUCAAUCUAACCGAGGAUAUCCGAAACGGUCUCCGUAAACUCUUCCACGAAAGCUACCCGGGCGAUGAUGAUGAUGUUGAUAUACGCAGCACUCUGUUGCAUGUCAGGCGCACAGCCGAUCUGUACAAGAUUAAUGUGAUUCUCAAUGUGGAGAUACCGGCGAAUGUUUUGGAUUUCGAGGAGAAGCUGCGCUCCCAGCUGCAGAACUACAAUAAAAUUGGCGAUCAGAGUGCCUCCCUCGGCGAUGACUUCUACUUCCGCCACGCGUUGGAUAAUCAGUGCGUGAGCCCGCUGGAAAGCGAUAAGUUUGUCUGCCAGAACGGCGACAGUUUUCCCUGUGCGAACAUGUGUAAUGAACUGGUUGACUGUGAAAAUGGUUCUGACGAGGAUCCGGAGCUAUGCGAGCGUCGCCGGAAAGACUAUCCGAGUCCGAAUGUGGAUUAUGAUUCGGCUGAGCUAGAGAAUCAAUGCAAUUCGGCGAACGAACAUUUUAUGUGUAAUACUGGCAGUCCCUAUAUGAUAUAUUGCUCGAAAAUUUGCGACAACCAAAUUGAUUGCUCGGAUGGGUCCGAUGAGGAUCCGGAGCUAUGCGAGAGCCGAUCGAUAAGCUUCCCAAAUGCCAGCGCAUGUAGGUUCUCCUCCGACAGCUUCCAAUGCGAGAGCGGAAACAAACUGCACACUUACUGCUCGAAAAUCUGCAAUGGAUACAACGAUUGCGACGAUGGCUCCGAUGAAACUCCCGAACUCUGUGGCACUCAGUUUGUGCCCCCCAUCGAGUCCCCGAAUCCUGAAACUGAACAGUAUCAGUGCAUUGGGAAUGUUGGCUUGUUCUCAUGCGACAAUGGUUUCGGAAUACCCUGCCGUGAUCGAUGCGAUAAUCAUGAUGAUUGCGGCGAUGGCUCCGAUGAGAAUGCCGACAUGUGUCGCUCCCUUAUGGCGGGGGCCAAUGCGGAUGUCGAAUGUACCGGAGAGGGCGAGAAUCAAGUGUGCAAGCGAAGAAAUAACGAUACAAACGACGAUGAGUCGCCAGAUGACGAUGGCUCUGGAUACGAGGAAUGUCGCGGAGAUGCGACAUUCGAAUGUUACCGCAGCGGCACUCGUGUCUGCGACGUGAUGAGAUGCGAUGACAAAGUAGACUGUCCCAAUGGUGAAGAUGAGGAGAAUUGCCACAGUGACAUCGUUUGCAAUGAAAACGAAUUCAAGUGCGACGGUCAGUGUCAUCCGCUCUACAUGCGCUGUGAUAAAGUAGUGCAGUGCUACGAUCAGACUGACGAGGCUGGUUGUCCCGAAGAAGACGAACCCGAACACGAGUCGGAGUCCGAUCGCCAGCCGGAGCAGGAGCCAGAGCCCGAGGACGAGAACGAAACCGAAACUCCACUCUGGUACGAUUCCUGGCAAGAGCAAGAGCGAGAGCAAGAGCGUGAGCGUGAGCGUGAGCGCGAACAAGAGCGUGAGCGCGAGCGAGAGGAAGAGCGCAGACGAGAGCAAGAGCGAGAGCAAGAGCAAGAGCGCGAGCGAGAGGAAGAGCGCAGACGAGAGCAAGAGCGAGAGCAAGAGCGUAGACGAGAGCAAGAGCGAGAGCAAGAGCGAGAGCAAGAGCACGGGCGAGAGCGAGAGCAAGAGCCCGAACUGCCACAGGGACGAUGCGGCAACGGCAACGGCAACGGCCACGCCCACUCUGCCAUCGUCGCCGCCGCCCCACUUUCGUAA